AUGCAGGCUCUGGCCGAAGGCAACGGCGACGCUGUCGCCGAGGCUAUCAGUAAUGGCACUGGUACUGCAGUGGAUCCCAGCACAAUCACUAGUGCCGAGGGCACAGCACAAGCUGUGAACAACGGUCAGGCAAAGAAAGUGGAGGCUAUUGUCAUUGCCAACUCCGCCGCUUUCAGCGAGAUAAAGGAGUCCACUGCCUCCGCGCUUUCCACUGCCGUGGCCCAAGUGUGUGGUGGUGGGGCCGCUCAGGCCCAGGCUGAGGCUGUUGCCGAGGCUGUCUCCACGGCCACUGCCAAAGCGUACGCCAGUGUGUUCGCUUCGACAUCCGGCCCAGGGGCCUCUGCGUGCGGGAGCGCCGCAGCGUCUGCCACUGCUGUGGCCAAGGCCAUCGCGGAAGCCAGUUCCACUGCCAUCGCCCAAGCUGGCUGCUGUCCCUCCCAGGCCGAAGCCAUUGCGGAGGCCACUGCCAACAGUAUCGAGACUUCCGUCGCCACCGCUGCUGCAGCUGCAUCAGCCUGCGCCACAGAUGGAGGCACUGCCGAGGCCACUGCUGAAGCCACCGCCGAAGCCACACCCGACCAGUCCCUCCAGUGGACCUUCCCCGACAACUCCUACCAACUCGCCGUCCCCCAGCCCUAG